AAAUUUUCUCUAGUUGCUUGACCAACUUUUACUAUUCGUAGUAAAAUUGAAAAACUUUUUUUUAUAAACAACAAAUUAUAAAACAUUAAAUUAGGCAACAAAUUUAUCAAAACAAAAUGGCAACAAAAAUGGCAUUUCAACACCAAGCCGGAACGGCUAUGGAGUGUUUAAGCAUACCAAUAACAUUACACAAGGAAAAGGAUUAUGAUCAAGAAGGUAGGGAGAUACUAAAGUGUGGCUUUAAAAUUGGCGGUGGUAUUGAUCAGGAUUAUAAGAAAAGUCCACAAGGUUACACAGACUAUGGAAUAUAUGUAACCGAAGUGCACGAUAACAGUCCCGCAGCACGCGCUGGCCUGCGCAUACAUGACAAGAUUCUACAAUGCAACGGCUACGAUUUUACAAUGGUGACACAUAAAAAGGCUGUAAGCUAUAUACGGAAAAAUCCUAUUUUGAAUAUGUUAGUUGCUCGCAAAGGUGUAACUUCCACAUAAACUCGAUUAAUUUAUUUUAAAAUAAUUUAAAUCUUCCUAACUAAACAUUUGUAAUACUUAAAUACUCUGAUGAUCUCUUCUAAUUUAUCAGUGCAUAUCGACACAAUUUUAUACAGAUAUUAAAGAAACUCUAAUUUAAUUUCUAUUUGAAUAAGGUUUCAAGAUUAUAUAUUGUAAUUUUAACAUAUUCACGUAACUAUUUGCUAUAAUCGAUUUGUAGUAAUUUUUAAAGGGAACUUGAUAUUUUAUUGAUCUAAUGUAUGUAGUUAAAAAAUUAUUCCAGCUUCUUGUACUUGCAUGGCUUAAUAUGUGUCUCUUAAAUUAUAUAUAAAAAUUACCAUAUCAAAAAUUUUUAUAAAUGAUUCUAAUAUUCAUAACGUCUUUAAACCACAAAAAGGUUGUUAUUAUACACAGUUUAAAAGUUUAAACUUAUUGAAUUAAAAUUAUAGUAAAAAAUAAUCAAUGUAAUGUACACAGCUUAAACAGAAUACACACAGUAUAUUGUAAAAGGAAGCAAUGACUUGCAAACAACAAUGCAACUGCCAAAUCUACAAUUUAUUAUUAUAAUUACAUAAAAAAAUAUAAAGAAUUUUAUAAACGUUGCCAAUAAUCAUUACUGAUAAGAUGAUAUAAAUGCUUUUAAUAACUGAAUAAUAAUAAGUGAUAAUGUUAAUAUGAAUUUACACCAACAAAAACUGAACUAUAACAAUCGAAUCUGUACUUUAAGCUUUUUGCUGGCGACUUUGAUUUCCUGGAUUUACAAUUAACUCUUAUUUGCAGACAUAAACCACAAGCUUAUCAUUCCAAAUAAACACAAAUUGAUUUUAUGUGAUAAACAUGCAUCAAAUUUUAUUGAAUUUAAAAUAAGAAUACAAAACCUUUUGUUAUAUGACAGAAAUGUUUUUCGCUAAGAAAAAAUGUAUUAAGUUUUUAUAAUAAAAUAUAUUUCAUUUAUACU